AUGCUUAACGAACAGGAAGUUUUGCAAGCUUUCGAGCGCACGAUGGCGUCGGAUGCCGGGAUUAUCAAGGAAGCUGAACAACAGCUUUUCGUCAUGCAACGAGAACGUGGGUUCACUAGUUUCCUAAUUUCCGCGGCCAAGAAUGAAGGGAUCCCUCUCAAUAUUCGGCUCAGUUGCUCUAUCUACCUGAAAAACAAGAUCCAACGGUCAUGGCGGUCCAGGAAGGAUGAUCGAAUUGCGGAGGAGGAGGAGGGGAUGAUCAAGGAGCAGUUGUUGCAGGCGUUGAUCGAGAACAGCGAUAACAGCCAUAUCAGGCCGCACCUAACAGAAUCCAUACGGGGUAUCUUGGCACAUGACGAGCGGUGGCAGCUUGCUGAUGUUGUGCUGGGGCUGCUGGGGAGCGGUAAAGCUGAAUAUGUUUACCCAGGACUGCUUUUAGUGUUUGAGGUGGCAAUCAAGCAUCGCUACGUGAUGUCUGAAAGCAGAGACUACAUUGAUGGGUUUAUUGAGAAAGUGUUCCCCCAGAUGGAGGAAGUGGCCUCGCAGCUGGUAAACAACGUGGACUACCACUCGAGCGAAUUGCUGUACUUGAUUUUAAAGUCGUUUAAGUACGCGUGUUUGAACAACUUCCCGCGAUAUUUCACCAAUGUCGAAAAGCUAAAUUCUUGGAUCCAGUUGCACCUGUUCCUCUGCUCACGUUCCCUACCCAAGGAGGUACUGGAGCUGGAUCCAAGUGACCGCUCUUUGGACAAGCGCGUGAAGGUCAACAAAUGGGCGUUUGGGAACCUCAACAAGUUUGUGCAUAAGUACACGCGCGUGACGAAAUUCAUCACCGCUGACUUUGUGCAAUAUGUCUUCCAGGAAAUUGUACCCACCAUUAUCAGUGAAUAUUUCAAGGUGAUAGAGCUGUGGGGUAACUCAUCCUUAUGGCUCGGAGAUGGUUCACUCUAUUACCUAAUUCAAUUCCUGGAGAAGUGUCUGAAGACAGAGGAACUGUGGCCACUGAUUCAACCACAUCUAGGUGUUAUUAUCAAGCAUGUUAUAUUCCCUUGUCUCUCGGCGUCAGAUCAGUCCAUUGAACUUUUACAGGACGAUCCGGAAGAGUAUACUCGGCGUUACUUUGACAUGAAUAAGGAAGGUUCUACUGCCGACGUUGCUUCCAGCGAAUUUAUCUUUGUGAUUGGCCAUUCUCGAUUUGAAGAAGUAAAUAAAAUACUUCCACUGAUUCAUGAGGUCUUUACAGAAUUUGCUGCAAGCGGAGACUUGGCGUCUGCAUAUAAGGAGGAAGGUGCUCUGCGUUUGUUUUCCAACCUGUCAUCUUUUCUGGCGGAAACUGACUCUCCUGUCCGUGAAGAGCUAGAACCCAUUUUCCAGCACUUCAUUACACCGCUUCUUGGCAACGAGAAAUACCCCUUUUUGGUUGCCCGUGCCCUUGAGACCAUUGCCAUUUACCAGCAAGAGUUCAAGAAUAUGGAGAUAUUGUCUAAGAUAUUUGAGCUAUCGUAUCUCAAUCUAAUGCACAGCGAAACUUUGCCCGUACAAAUCGAGGCUGCUGACGCGCUAAAGACAUUGGUUGUUUCGAACCCCUCGAUUCACAAACAUAUCGCACCGCAAGUGCCUGGCAUUAUGGAAAAGUUAUUGAAGUUAUCUAAAGAGUUUGAAAUAGAUAUUCUCUCGGAGGUUAUGGAGGCUUUGGUCGAACGAUUCUCUGACGAACUAACACCUUUUGCCAACGAGCUGGCAGAGACGAUUGCAGAGCAAUUCCUGCGCUUGGGACAAUCUCUUGUUGAAAAUACGAGCGGACACUACUCGACACAGGACCAGGAUCAAGAAACGCAGGCAAGUGCCAUGUUACAGACAAUGACUACUAUGGUGAUGUCCAUGAACAAAGUGUGCUUGGUGGAGAAGUUUGCUCCAGUGGUGAAGUUUAUUAUUGUAAACGCUCAGAUAUCAUUUUUGACAGAGAUGGUGGACUUGAUCGAUUCAUUAGCACUAUCGGCAAAAGCCAUGUACAAUACGUUCACUCCAGUCAUCUGGGAACUAUUUCACGAUGUAUUGGAUUCUUUCCAGACCUAUGCAUUGGAGUACUUUGAGGCAUACCAGGUUUUCUUUGAGUCUGUUGUCACGCAUGGGUUCCCACAGGACCAGACCUUUGUGGAGCCAUUUUUGCAAGUUGUCAACCAGGUAUUGGACUCUGAAGAUGAUUUCGACAUAGAGAGUGCUUUUUCGAUUCUCAUCGCCUACGCUCUAUCUAUGAAGGACAUUCCGCUAUUUGCCAAGGCCUUCGAGGUUGCACAAAACCAGGAACUAGAAAUAGACGACUCAUCAAUCGUCCGCCUAUUCCUCUCGGGCCUGUACGCGAAGCCGCUUGCCACAGUCCAACUUGUGGAACAGCAGGGUAUCACGUUGGCGCUGCUGAAGAAAUGGCUGGAUUGCAAGUUCUACAGCGUGUACACAACCAAGCUACAGCUCAUGGCUCUCCUCUCCCUGUUUGGCCUUCCAGAAUUGCCCAGCUGCCUCAAUGCUUUUGUGGGACCGCUGGUUACCAAGCUCGUAAAUGUAGCCGAAUACCUGCCUGAGGCGCUUCGCAAGCGCGACUGCGUAGCCAAGGGCGAGUUGGCCGCGGAGGACGACACUGGCGCCGGCGAGUUUUUCGAUGAACUCGAAGACGACUUCAAAGAAAGCUGCCUGGACAACGUCAACUGCUUCAACGAAUUUCACGCCUUUUUCACCUCGCUGCAACAGCGCGAGCCCGCCAAGUAUCAGACGCUGCUGGCCGCCAUGGACUCCGACACCCGCGACUCUUUCUGCGUCAUCAUGGACUUCGUCACGCAGACCAACAAGCGCUAG